AUGGCGCAACUGAAUACAAUGUUUACUCGUCUCGCCAAAUUAGGCGUGGGUUUGGUCGCAGCUGGAAGCAUUCUGCCGAUGGUCCUUUAUAACGGUGUGCGGAAUGAAGUUACCGGUGAAGGCACUCACUUUAUCAUCCCCUGGGUGCAGAAGCCCAUCGUUUUUGACAUCCGAUCUCGGCCACGAAACAUUCCUGUCAUAACUGGAUCCAAAGGUAAGCUGCUCACUUGCUCGAGACCAAAUAAAAGCUGA